GAAAAAUCAGUUCUUGAUUGUUCAAAUACUUGGAUUUCAAUGGUACCCCAGAAGUGUGUUUGUUUAGCUGAUACAAUGCACUUUUAAUGACGAACUGAGAUUGUCUAGAGGUAUUGAGGGGGAUUUCGUUUAGCUGAAGAAAUGGUGGGCUGGGAACGUCAUUUUCAGUGCAUACUUCGUCAGGCUGGGAAGAGAUAUCAACAAAAUCUAACUGUUCCUUUCAAUUCAUUGUUUCACUCAAAGGCAACUCCAGUACUCGGUGAGGUGCCUUAUUUACCAAGGCUGCAAAAUACACUUUCCCCUUGCAUCUCAAGGCCAUUGUACCAAUAUCUACAACAUCUGGGUUUGUCUAGUUCAAGGACAUUACUUGCCGACGAUGCAACACCAAUUUCUUCUCCAUUAACACCAAUGUUACCAUCAAGUACGGGAAGUACAGAAGCAGAGAAAGCAAUUUCUAAACCUUCAAAAGUUCAAGCUAUUUUGAAGGGUAUAAAACAGAGCCCAAAGAAGGUGAACUUGGUUGCUGCAUUAGUUCGUGGUAUGCGUGUUGAAGAUGCAUUGUUACAGUUGCAAGUGACGGUAAAGCGAGCUGCCAAAACUGUCUAUCAGGUUAUACACUCUGCUCGGGCAAAUGCAGUGCAUAACUAUGGAUUUGAUCCGGAUCGUCUUCUUAUUGCUGAGGCAUUUCUUGGGAAGGGACUCUUUAAGAAAAGGUUGUCCUACCAUGCUAAAGGAAAGUGUGGAAUGAUGGUGAGGCCAGAAUGUAGACUGACAGUGGUUCUUAGGGAGAUAACACCGGUAGAGGAGGCCGAGAUAGCUAAGUUGAGAGUACACAACUUCAAAAAGCUAACUAAACGCGAAAGACGUCUUGUCCCUCAUAAGCUCAUCGAAACUACUCCAAUAUGGAACCGCAAGAGCAAAGCUAGAAGUAGUGGCACAGGUGCUGUUGCUGAAUGAGCCACGACCCCAUUGUAGUUCUUUUUUUUGUUUUUAGAAACCAAUGCAAAUUACAUAAAGAUCAGUGGUUGAUGAAAAUCCAUUGCAUCUCAUCACAUUUCUUUUUUUGUAAGAGCUGUAACUUAAGUUAAUCCCUGGUUUCUGUUUUCUUCUUGCAAGGCAAUACUCUCUCCUUUUUA